AACGAAAAAGCCGUUUUGUAUUACUUUUGUUUAUUUCUCUUUCUCUGUGUCUUUCUUCGUCUCCUUCGAUCUCACUGUCUUUCAUCUGGAACAGCUCGAUCUUUAAUUUAGGGUUUUUUUAUAGCUACAUUUUCUUGUUCUGUCUGAAUCUCUUUUGUUGUUUAGGUUUUAUUUGAUUUUUUUUGACUAAUCUUGAGAAAUAUGGAAGAAUGAGAAGAAGAAGAAGAAGGUGAUUGUUUUGAUUCUAGAUGGAGCAGCUUGUUAACUUCAUUAUUCGACCUCCAAGAGCUGAAUACAAUCCGGAACAUGAUCUCUUGGAACAAGAGUUCUUGCUUAAAGGAAGAUGGUAUCAGAGGAAAGAUUUAGAGGUUAAAAACAUCAGAGGAGAUAUCCUUCAGUGUAGUCAUUACAUGCCAGUUGAGCGUCCUGAAGAUAGGCCUCUACCUUGUGUAAUAUACUGCCAUGGAAACAGUGGAUGUAGAGCUGAUGCCAGUGAAGCUGCGAUCGUAUUACUUCCUUCAAACAUCACGAUUUUCACCCUUGACUUUUCGGGAUCUGGUCUCUCUGGCGGGGAGUAUGUCACAUUGGGUUGGAACGAAAAAGAUGAUCUGAAAGCUGUGGUUGAGUAUUUGCGCACGGAUGGAAAUGUCUCCCUGAUUGGCUUAUGGGGUCGUUCAAUGGGUGCUGUCACAAGUUUGAUGUAUGGAGCUGAGGAUCCCUCUAUUGCAGCGAUGGUUCUAGACAGCCCGUUCUCUGAUUUGGUUGAUUUGAUGAUGGAACUUGUAGAUACAUAUAAGUUCCGGUUACCAAAAUUUACUAUAAAAUUUGCAAUACAAUAUAUGCGGAGAGCUGUUCAGAAGAAAGCCAAUUUUAACAUAACGGAUCUCAACACCAUUAAGGUAGCGAAAUCUUGCUUUGUUCCUGUUUUAUUUGGACAUGCCAUAGACGAUGACUUUAUUCAGCCUCAUCACUCAGAGCGUAUAUAUGAAGCAUACAUAGGAGACAAAAAUAUCAUCAAAUUCGAGGGAGACCACAAUUCACCACGGCCACCAUUCUACUUUGAUUCAAUAAACAUCUUUUUCCAUAACGUUCUUCAACCUCCAGAGGUGGUCAAGCCAACAUUUUUUGACCCGAUGGAUGAUUACUUUUCCAAGGGCAGUUGGAACACCAUGCAAGAACUAAGUUCUCCACAAUCCUCAGCACAGAAAAGUUUAGUUGCAGGAAGCACCUCCGAUGCUAUAAAUGAAGUCCGCUUAAAAAGACCUAUGAGUCGCACAGAGGUUCCUUCCAAUGACCCAUCUAACCAAUCAUCAUCAGAAACCAAGGAAAAAGAGAAUAAUGAAGUCUCCAGUAGUUCAUCUUCUGAUAUGAUCAGCUUUGAUUUGUCGAAUGGAGAUCCAUAUCCUCCUCAUCUUGCGGUAGCUUUAGAUGAUGAUCAAUUUGUGGAGUUUCACGUAGAUGAGCUGGCAGAUUUUCCAUCUAAUGCAGAGGAAGAAGAGAGGAUGUUGAUGGAAGCGGUGAUGAAAUCGCUGAAGGACAUGGAGGUUGAAACUCAUCAGAACAAAGAACCCUCCAACACCAAUACAGAGAACACUGAAGGUAAUGCUGCUUCUUCUACUACAGAACAAGAAUUGGCACAUUCUGAGACAGCUCCUGCUCCUGGUCCAACACCAUGUAACCAUGAUGCGCGAUCAUCUUCUGAAGCCAGUGUUCCAUUUAAAACUUCAGAUUCUCUGCCAGGACCUGUAAAUGUUUUUGUUCCUGGUGCUUCACCCAAAACGAGUCAGAACAAAAACGACGUCAUUGAUUUAUCAGCUCGUACAAAGGCAACAGUGACUGUGGUUGGACGUAGUAGCACAUCAGGAAACGUUUUAGAUGGGUUAUUACGCCGAUGGGAUCUUAACUUCUUCAAAGGUAGAUAAUUCCAUUAAGUUAUGUGUUUUGGUUUGUGCAAAAUAGAAAGGAAAGUUAAAAUGUUUUAAAGGUUUUUCAUGACAAGUUAUCUUAUGGUUAUGGUUUCUAUGA